UCCUCUGACCUAGUGGCCUAGCUUCGCAGCGUGCGGCAGCGAACGCGCGGCAGCCUCUCCGUGCCGGGAGCUCAAACCUCCUCCGUGGUUCGCGCGCGCGGCGCGCACGCGCCCUGGGUCGGUUGCGCCGGGCGCCCCACGUGACCGGGCCACGUCACGGACGGCACUGCAGCGUCCCCUCGCUCGGGCUUCACUCCAUUCGUCGGUUCGCCUCAAAUUUUUUGGAGUCUGGCCAAAAUGGCGACGGCGAUGGCAGCAGGCGCCACCGCCGUCGUCGUAGCGAGGCGAGCUGCCGGCCGUGCGUUGAGCAUCGUCGUCGUCGUCGUCGUGGCCGAGUUGCCUCGCCGCUGCGUUCCGAGGAAACCCCGCCGGCUCGGUCGUUGCCGCAGCUGCUGAGGGGGAGUUUGACUCAGCCGCAUCGGGUGCAGUGCAGCGGCUCCGAAGGAGGCGCAGCAGCAAAGACGCCCCGUGCUGUUGCCGCAGCAGCAGCAGACACACACACGCAGGGGACAGCAGGGCGCUCGGCGCAAGUGCGAAGCAGUGAGGGAGUGAGCGCCCCCGCGGGAUAUAGCGGCGGAGGGGGGCGGCGGUGGAGAUCGCGGCAGCAGCAGCAGCACCACCACCAAGGGCGGCGCGAGAGCCGUUCGGCUUCUCGCCCUCGACGUCGUCGUCGUCGUGAGCGGUGAAUCCGCGCGCGCACGCGCGCGUUUUCUUGGAGUAUCGUCGUAUAUGUUGGUGGCCGCGUCGUGCUUUCAAAGGCCCGAGGGCGCCGCGGCGGUCGUACGUUACUCACCGGCGUGAGAUCGGCGCCAGCGACUACGACGGCGGUCGGCCAACGGCGCGUGUGUGAAGCCCAGCAGGCGACCCGGUGCUGUGUCCGCCGCACUGCGUGGGCCGCCCCCAUCGGCGGCGGCGACGACCACGACACCCGGGCCACCACGGUCACUACUGUGUGCUCCCCCAAGGCUGGAUUAUGCGGGGCUGACGGCGCUCUCCCAUGCCUCCACAGUGUGAAGUAUCGGGAGCGCCCGGUCUGCGGGCGACGUGGCGCCGCAGCUAGCGGCCGUCGGCGGCGAUGCGUCGGCACCGGAGCCCCUACCCGGGGUCCCGGCUGAGCGCGCUGCGCGGGGACCCCGGCCCAGGUGGUCCGCCGCGCAGGGACGACGACGACGGGCCCAGCCCGCCGCUCUGCUGCAGAGACCGCUCCAAGUCACGCUCAAAGUCACGCUCCAAGUCCCGCUCCAAGUCCCGCUCACCGGAAUCCCAGCAGCAGCGGCCUUCGUCGUCGGCCAGUGCCCGUGGUGUGCUGAGCCUGGACCAGGAGGUUGGCUUGAGCGACGCCCUGCUCCUCGAGCCGCCCACCGAAGAGGCCUUCAUCGCCAACCUGCACCAGCGAUUCAAGAGGGACCUCAUAUACACCUACAUCGGCACCGUGGUAGUCUCAGUGAACCCAUACAAGAAGCUGGCCCUCUACUGCCCGGACGUGAUUCAGGCCUACGAGAAGUGCAGCAUGUUCGAGCUGCCCCCGCACAUCUAUGCACUAGCGGAUAACGCAUACACGUCCUUGAAAGAUCGGAAUCAAGACCAGUGCGUCAUCAUCACCGGGGAGAGCGGCGGAGGAAAAACAGAGGCAAGCAAGCUGGUCAUGCAGUACGUGGCGGCCGUGUCUGGCAGGGACGAAGAGGUGGGCGCCAUCAAAGAGCACAUCUUGAGAAGCACACCCAUCCUCGAAGCCUUCGGGAAUGCCAAGACGCACCGGAACGACAACUCCUCAAGAUUUGGCAAAUACAUGGAUAUAGAAUUCGACUUCAAAGGGGAUCCGGUCGGCGGAGUGAUUACAAAUUAUCUUCUGGAAAAGUCUAGGGUAAUCAGCCACACUCAGGGAGAGCGCAACUUCCAUUUUUUCUAUCAGUUGUUGAGCGGAGCUGAAGUUCACCUUUUGAAAAGCCUAAAGCUGCAAAGGAACACCGAAAACUAUUCCAUUCUCAAGCACAGCAGAUGUUCUCAAUUGGAAAGCAUGGAUGACAGGAGUUAUUUUGCGUUGACCAAGAGGUCGAUGGAAGCACUGGGGAUGAGCCCGUCUGAAGUGCACGCCGUGUUCCAAGUGGUUGCCGUCGUGCUCAAGUUGGGAAACGUAGAGUUUCAACCGCGGGCGAACAUCGACGACACGGAAAGCUGCGCCCUCCUCAACGAGUACGAGUUGUAUGAAAUUUGCGAGUUGCUCCGGGUGGACUUUGCAUUCCUUCAUUCUGCCUUGACCCAGAAGAUGGUGGAGACGAGGCAUGACGUGGCCGUCACCGACCUCUCAGCCAAUGAAGCCACAUAUUCCAAGAAUGCCUUAUGCAAAGCUUUGUACAGCCGCCUAUUCACGUGGUUAGUAAGCCGAAUAAAUGAUAGCAUACGGGCGAAGCGCCUCGGAAAAAGAAAAUGUCUCGGAAUCCUGGACAUUUAUGGAUUUGAAGUUCUAGAGAAAAAUUGUUUUGAACAGUUUGUUAUAAAUUAUUGCAACGAGAAGCUUGAGCAACUCUUCAUAGUACUUACGCUCAAACAAGAGCAGGAGGAGUACGUGCGUGAGGGUAUUCAAUGGGAGCACAUAGACUACUUUAACAAUGCAAUAAUUUGUGACCUCAUUGAAAAGAAUAACCACGGCAUCCUGGCGAUGCUGGAUGAAGAGUGCCUUCGGCCGGGGCCCGCCACUGACGAGAGCUUUCUGUACAAGCUGACCAAGGUGUGCCAGGACAGCCCCUACUUCGAGAGCAAGGGAUGCAAAAACCUCACGGGGGCCGACGUCUCGCUGCCACCACAGUGCUUCCGUCUUAGGCAUUACGCCGGUGCUGUUACCUAUUCUGUUGUUGGUUUUAUUGAUAAAAACAAUGAUCAUCUCUACCGUGACCUGUCUCAAGCCAUGUACAGUUGCGAUCAUCCCCUGAUGAAGGUUCUGUUUCCUGAAGGGAACCCAAAGCGCACGACGCUAAAGCGUCCAACAACGACUGCCACACAGUUCAAGAUUUCCAUUGGAGCACUUGUAAAAAAUUUGCAAGCGAAAACGCCAAACUACGUACGCUGCAUCAAGCCAAAUGAACUCAAGCAGCCGAUGAUCUUCGAGAUGGCACUGGUUCAGCAUCAAGUCCGGUAUCUCGGACUGAUGGAGAACUUGAGGGUGCGUCGCGCGGGGUUCGCCUUCAGGCAGGACUACGUGGAGUUUCUGGAACGCUACAAGCUGCUCAGCGUUCGCACCUGGCCCCAGUGGACGGGCCUGCCCGCCGAAGGAGUCACGCUCUUGCUCCGAGACCUGCCAAUCCACCCUUCGGAGUACCUCUUCGGCAGGACCAAGAUAUUCAUCAAAAGUCACCGGACGGUUUGCGAACUGGAGGAGUUCCGGCGCGAACGGUUGAACGAACUGGCCAUCCUGAUCCAGAAGACCUGGAGGGGAUAUGUCAUGAGGGAGAGGUUUCUGCGCAUGCGCGAAAGUCAAGUCGUCCUGUCUAGCAACUACAAGUGCUGGAAGGCUCGUCGUGAAUUCUUGCGUAAACGGCAAGCGGCGACCACCAUUGCUGCCUAUUAUAGAGGAUGGAAGGCAAGGCAGGAGUUCGAGCGCCGGAAAAAUCUUCUGACGAGGGAGGAGUUCCACGGCGUCAGGCAGGCGAGGAAGAGGGAGUGUGCUGCGCGCGUCCUGGGCAGAUCCUACCGUCUCUAUAAGCGCCGGCGAUACCUGCUGUGGCUGGCGCGCAACUUGCCAUCAGACUCGCCGGCGGACCGCUCAUGGCCUCCGGCGCCACGGUUCCUGCAGCAGACCAGCCACCUGCUAAGGAAGUUGCACCACAAAUGGAGGUGUACACGGUACAAGCAGAAACUCGACCAAACUGCUCGAAACCGCAUGCGAGAAAAAAUGACUGCCAGCAUCAUCUUCAAAGACAACAAGGCCUCCUAUCCGAAAAGCGUGUCCCAUCCGUUCCGGGGUGACUAUGUACGGCUGCGCCAGAACGUGAAGUGGAAAAGGCUAUCGGACGAGACGGGAGACCAGUACAUCGUCUUCGCGGACAUCAUCAGCAAGAUCACGAGGUCUAGCGGCAAGUGCGUGCAGACUCUGUUCGUGGUGAGCACCAACGCGAUGCUGAUCAUGGACCAGCGGACGUUGCAGAUCAAGUACCGCAUUCCAGUGACCGACAUCUACAGGAUAUCGCUCAGUCCUUUCCUGGACGACAUCGCCGUCUUUCACAUACGCACGACUGAAGCGACAAGAAAGAAAGGAGAUUUCAUCUUCGAAACUGGCCACGUAAUUGAGAUUGUGACCAAGCUCUUUCUCGUCAUACAAAACGCCACUGGGAAAGCGCCAGAAGUCAACUUUUCGACAGAGUUCGAGGUGAACUUCGGCAAGGACACUGGAGUGCUCGCUUUCCGGUGCACUUCGAUGGGCGAUCACCAUCCGGGCCAAAUCAGGAUCUACCGCAAGGGAAACCGGAUGGAAGUGUUGUUAUGAGGAUGACUUUCUUAGGGCACUUUUUUCCAAUUGCACUUCGAGGCGGAGGAGGCGGAGAGUUGGGAGUUCCCUCGACGAGCAUCAGAGAGAUGGGUGGCCGAGACGCGGAGAACUCGUCAUGCACAGAAAGAACAUCGUUGUUCUACUCGUUUGCCUACGCCUAUAAGCAGAGGGAUGCCUUUCGUUUCGGGGCGGCUCCGCCGUUCCACUUGCUUGUGGCCGCGGAAGAAGAAAAACUACUGCCUUUCGAGAGCUGCCAACUAUUCCUACGGCUGCCACACAGUUACUUCCUUUUAACGGGAGUCGAGAUGUAUUUAGGUGCGUCUUAGGCCGGCGGUGGUGAGACUUCGCUUAAGUUUUUUCAGGUCACUCGAAAGAGUCCGUGGACGCGACAGGCUUUUUAUUUUGCACAAUGAGAGCAGAAGAGAGGAGAGACACAGCUAUGGUCGGUGCCUUCGGGGUUCUAGUGUCGAACGCGCCGUUUAAGUAACCGCGACGCAAUGAGGAAAGGGUGAACGCUCGAGAUAUCCGGGGUUUCGUAUAACCAGGCUUGCUAAAGUUGCCUGAAGUGAAAAAAGGGAAAUUAUCUUUGCCACACGUCGACUACGACAUCGUCAGGCUUCGGCUUCCAUAUUGUUAGGCAUUGCUCUCAGUAAGAGCACCAGACUUGGCCUUCCACAUUAGUCGGCGGUGACGUCGAAAACAAUUCUUGUUGUUGAAGUCGUCACACGGGACGCUGAAGGCUUGGCUGUGGUUCCGAAAGUGUUUCACUGAGAUUGAGCUGAUUACGAUUACGUAGAUGCGCUUCUUCUUGCAUGUUCAAGCAACUUUAGCAAGUCAGGUUAUAAAACACGUCGGUGCGUAAGCCUAGAAACCAUGCCAUUCCUGAGAUGCAUUAGUUUUGUGUCUCAGGUAUACUCAUUACAUUAUGACGGUCAUGAUUAUUUUGGAGAUCUGAAUCACUUGCAUAUGGUGCCAACGCUUGGGCAAAUGAAACACGAAUGGUUUCUAAAAGAACGCCGUUUGAAAGCAUUUCAUCGCCUUCACAAGACUUUCUUUUCAACUAAAGAUAUGUAUGAUUUGUUAAUUCACGUAGUUAUUACUAGAUGUUCUCCCUCAACGCACUGUUUCUUCGGUAAAUAGGUCUACAAGGUUUUUUUUUUUCAGUUCUUGCACGAAGAAACUGUCUGUCAAUUAGUUUUUACCGACGUGUUUAUCUCUGCAUAAUGUUUUUUACACCCCAAGUUUGUUUUCCUUUCGGAGUGCGUUUGAUGGCUGUUGCUUCUAGUUGCCAACUUUCUCUAUGCAUUACAGCCAAUGCUUUCACGGCAGAUGACAUAAGUUGGGAAGGCGUACAAUCGAUUUUUUUUUUUGCACACGUGGACACAACGUAGAGCAAACAAAUAUUCAGGAGGGAAAAAUGGGCUGCAGGAGUGAACAGUCUAUUGCAGUGGUUCUCAAACUUCGAGGCAUCGCUGACAGUUAGACCUGCUGACAAGUCACUCGGGGACCUUCUGAAAGACGUGUUCUUUUUUUUUUCGAUGCAUAAACACGCACAAUAACGUGUGUCAUGUUAAGACUAGGACUCAGAAAAUAUCAUCGCCUUGCAGCUAUCAGGCUAAUGUGUACGUAAAUUGUACAGAAUGUAGCGUCAGUAAGUUGGCCUGGUAUCAACGGCUCGUUCCUCAAAACUGCUGGCUUGUCUACACUCAAAUUUAUUUCACAUUUGUCUCUUCGCAGUGCAUUUGUUGAAUCUUCCAGGUGAUUUAUUUUUCUUUUUAAAGAAUGGUGCCCGAGGACUCGACAGUGCUCUCCAGAAACCCUGGGGGUAACGAAUCACAGUUUGAGAAACACUGCUCUGUUUUGCAAGGGCUUUUAUGGUUCAGGCGUUAUCGCCUCAUUUUGGCAGAACAAGAGGAAAUUUCCGCAUACCGUGUAUCUGCGAAAAAGGAAGUGUAGAAAGACGUACUAGAAACGCAUCCAUUGCUCAAAAGGAGAAAAAAAAUACAAGUGCGUAGCGUAACAAAGCGUGUAUUUAACAAUUUUCACUUUAUCUGUAAAUACAGCAUUUCACUUUAGGUAGACCUUGUGCCAUUUAUCAACGUUCAUGUACGCUCGUCUUUAAGGAAGGAGCGUUUCUCCCUCAAACACAUCCUCGAUGCCUGUAGCAACUCUGUUGCAAGCAUCCUCUUUAUUUUAAGCGACCGUCAUAACGAAAAGCGCAUUCUUCACUAAACCAUUGUAAAUAGUUCACGCAAACAUGACAGUGAGAAUAACAAAUGAAAGUUGAAGACAUUAAGCGAGCCGGUCACUUGAAACAGGCAGUUGUUUCAUGAAACAAAAAAAGUGUAUACCCGCAGGUAGUAGUUGACAAGUUUUGUGGCGCGUUCAAAUAUUUCGACUUAGACAUCUUAGGCUGCCAUAUUGACGCGUUGCAUCGUGGUGUUUUUUUGUUUUUUCGAUUUUUUUCGCUUGCGUCUCAGUUCUUUGUUCAUAAACAGUAAGGCUACUGAGUUUGCAUCUUCAGCCGAUGGUGGUGUUACGAGCGCUAGCUUGAAAAAAAAAGAAAGAAAAAAAUUAAUUCGCUUCUUUUGCGUGCAAUGUUCAAAAUUGUUUUCCUACAUACUUGCUUAUGCGCAAGCACGUUAAUAAAAGCACACACACGAUCGAAACACUAAGAGAUGGUUGAUGCGCAAACUUACAACUGGUUUAUUCUUGCUAGGUCCCAAGUAUAUAAGAGUUUUCAAUCAGAUUACAACAAACAAAACUGAACAAAAAAGUAAGAGGCACAAUGACCUUCAUGGACAUAUCUGCUCACGUUAGACAAUCAUACAGGCUCAACAGUUAUUCGAUUCAAACUUUUCAAACUUGAUUUCAGCUUGCGUUAGCUGGACAGGCGGCGUACGCACACACACUUUUCUUUACCUGCGAUAACUGUUGAUCCUAUAUGAUUGUCUAACGUGAGCAAAUACGUCCAUGAAGGCCAUUGUGCGUCUUAGUUUUUUGUUCUAUUUUGUCGGUUGUAAUCUGAUUGAAAAUCCUUGUAUACUUGGGGCCUGGCAAUAAUAAACCAGCUGUAAGUUUGCGCAUCAACCGUCUGUUAGCCUUUCGUAUACGUGCUUUUCAUAACGCACAAAUGCAUAAGCAAGCAAGGAGAACCUCCGGCUAGCCCCUUUCAUAGUACUCUUAUUUUCCUAAUUCGCUAUCUACCUGGUCCUCAGCCCAUGACAAAUCCAUAUUGCUGAGCAGCAGUCGUGAGCGACGCGUAGCAGUUGCGAAGCUCGUUCAGAUUUGCUUCAUUUUUCAUGGGUUCAGAAAAGUGUGGUGGGUUGGGGAUAAUUGCUAUGACGCUUUGUUUGACACGCAUCGCUGUUCAUUUAUGGCUUGAUCAUGAAUGCAGACAAGUGAAUGCGCAUGAAAUGACAGGCACGAUUUUGACCAGCAAUCUUACUUUAUAAGGUUUACAUUUUCAUGUUUUUUAAUGGUUCGUGCUGAUCAUAAGCGCUAAUGCGUCAUUCGAAGAUUUUACUUCAGUUGAAAAAAAAAGAACCAUUCGCAUUUAGUGCGAUGGGGUUUAUACAUCGCUUGAUGCAAAUACAGUAUUGGCUGCGCUUUUCGUAAACAUUUCGGUGAGACAUCACAUUCACAGUGGGGUCUGUCGGAAACCUAAAAAUAUUGUUACCGAGCAAUUUUACUACUAGCAAUUUUACCCAUUUUAUUCUCCUUUCCUAAAUGCGGACGCUCUUGAACUAACACAUUUUUUUCUCUUCGUUCUGUGAUGCAAGCGGCAAGGCACAUCGGUGUUCGUUUUUCAGAUGAGUCAACAUCCAAUGGGUACUGUGUGUUGACAAUCUUCCGUAACGCAGGUGUCUAAUGGUGCCAACUUUCACUGCCAGAUGCACUCUACGAUACGAAACUAGUUGCUUCUUUCUGUGACUAAAGUUUUACGUUCAAAGCUACGUUUCAUCAGACUGUCGAACACUUAACGUGUACUGGAACACGGUAUACUUUGCGUGCCUUAGUUCUAUGACGCCUUUGCAUCACUACGGCAAUUUAUUACGUCAGGACUUGAGGAUGGUAGUCCUUAAGAAAAAGAAAUUGAUGGGAUAGGCUGGCGGCGUUACAGAUGUUCGCAAUACCUGCGUCAUUGAGCCGCUUUAGAGGUCACAGAAAAUCAAAACCGUACAAGUUAUUGCGUAAGAGGCGGGGAAUAAGUCUGUAAUUGUAAAUCGGUUUAUUAGGGGCGCUUGAUUCGUUACUGGUGUGGAGAUUUCAUGGUUACAAGUGCGAAGUAGUCCUUGUUUGUCGUAGGAGCUCUAGUUUAAUACACCAGGCGCCUUUUAAAAAUAAUUAUUUCGUGACUUUGGCUAGAAUACAGGCAGUCUUCUAGUUGUUGUUCUUCUUGUGGGCAGUUGUUGGAGGUUAGAUAUUACGAUAGUGAUUUGUACAGCAAAAUAGCCUCUGAGAAACCUCUAUAAAUAUUUAUAUAUAAACGCACCUCUCACUUCGUCUCAAGUUGUAGGUAUGUGUAUUUGAAUGAAUGCAUUUGUCGCCCAGUAAAGGCACUGGAAUGCACGCCGUCAUGUUUUUGUUUUGUUUGGUUUCGCAGUUUAGGUGUUCUCUCCAAAUUAAAAAGAAAACGAUAGCGGUGUAUACAUCCCAAACUUCGUUCAAGUGUAUUAGUCUUUCAAACUGUAUAGUAAAAGUAGACUCCACGAGUUUUCGCGAAAUCAGCCUUACAUUAAGGCUGUCGAGUUACGUAUUCUUAUUUUUUUUUCUACGUGGCUGUUUUUUUUUUUUUCUGUUCACAGUGGUCACCGUAUGUCGUUGAAAUCGCACUGUGCCGGUUGCAUACGGUACGCUGAGUACCUUGUGUCGCAAAUGACCACUUUUGUUUUCCAGUGCUAACACUGAUUGUUCGCAGACUCGGUGUGUUUGCUUUGUAUGAUUGAGAGUGCGUUUAGAACAUAAAAAAGAGUGACUUUAUCUGCUUUCAUGUCUUACGUAGGUUUCGGUUAGAGAAAACGAGGCGCACAGAGGUGGCACAGAUGCCCUCUGUUUAGUGCGCUGAAUAAAUAUGUGUGCUACAAUAAGAUACACUUGGGUAUCUUAAGAUGUGCAUAUGCACUACAGUUAGCGCCAUUGCGCAAGGUGUUCUGUACAGGUCUAGUUGACAUACUACAGACAAUGCUGCCUGCGUUCGUUGCGCUAAAGAAAGUAAUAAGAAGGAAGAAGAAAAAAAGAAAACAACUCAUCACGAUAUAUGGCACUGAACGUUUAUAUAUGCUGAACUGUUUUUCAUACUGAUUUUUAUAAUAAAACAAUACGAAACGUUGAUGGAUUGUGCUUCUUGUUAAGUUGAUCGGUUGCUAAAAUUUGAGUGGAAA